AUGGAAACGACGUCGACCGCAGUGGAAGUCAACUCACGCCGUCGGGGGCUGUCGAGAGCGUUUCAAGUCCCGUUCGUUUGCAGUUCUUUCCGAAACGCUGUUUGCCGAGGAACCGCUCCUGCUGCUGACAGCGCACUUUUUGAAACGAAAUCGUUUUCCAUUUCCGAUACGCUUUCGCAAAGCUCAUCGGCUGUCGGAAAUGUGCGGAAGUUGGUGACAGGGCUCGCAGUAGACGACACGGAAAUGGAACUGGGGCUGGGGCCGAGGCGUGGCGUGUCGUCCACGUCCUCGUCGCCAGCAAUCUUGGAGUUGGGACGGCGCCACAGCCAUGGAGAUCGGUACCAUCGACGUGCGAGUGGUUUCGCUGGUGGUCGCGACAGGGCAUCACCCACGUGUCGCGGACACCAUUUGCGACGAGCCACGAUUCACCAGGACUCUGUGCGGCGGUCGUCGUCGGUGCGAGCUGCCGCCGCGGCGGCCGCGGCUCGAGUUACGCUCAAGGAACAGAUCGGACUCCUGGAUAGCGUUGCUAUGAUUGUAGGCAUCAUUAUUGGAUCUGGGAUCUUUGUGUCACCCAAAGGCGUGCUCAUCGCCUCUGGCUCUGUCGGGAUGUCGCUCAUCAUCUGGAUCGCCAGCGGGGUUUUCUCCAUGAUUGGCGCUCUCUGUUACGCUGAAUUAGGCAUGCCUUUUACGAAAGCAGGAACUGCCAUUCCUAAAUCCGGGGGUGAUUACGCGUACCUCUGGGCUGGAUUCGGACCAUUGCCAGCAUUCCUGUUCCUCUGGGUUGCGUUGCUCGUACUUUGCCCAUCGGCCAACGCCAUAAUAGCCUUAACGUUCGCCACUUACGUUCUUCAAGCAGUCUUUCCAAGCUGUGAACCACCGCAUUUGGCCGUUCAGCUCCUCGCCGCCGCAGUCAUUGGGCUCUUAACGUACAUCAACUGCCACAACGUACGAUGGGCCACACGAAUCCAGGACGUGUUUACAGGCACGAAAGUGGCAGCAUUGCUCAUAAUCACCGGUGCAGGGCUUUGGGCGAUGUUCGGGGCGCCUUCAAAUCAUCUCAUCACCAGGGAAGGACCAAGAGCCCUCUUCAAAGACACCAACUGGGACCCGGGCAGCAUAUCUAUAGCUUUCUACGCCGGGAUGUUCUCAUAUGCUGGAUGGAAUUUCCUCAACUUCAUCGUCGAAGAGGUCAAGAACCCGUUCGUAAAUUUGCCGCGAGCAAUUUGGAUCUCACUUCCUGUCGUGACGGCGGUUUACGUGCUGGCGAACAUGUCAUAUUUCGCCGUCCUGUCAAAAGAGGAAAUUCUAGAGUCCGGUGCAGUAGCUGUCACAUUUGCUGACAGGACGCUGGGUCAUCUUGCUUGGCUCAUGCCAAUUUUCGUCGCAUGUUCUACAUUCGGGUCACUAAACGGAGGAAUACUCGUCACGUCGCGCCUGUUCUUCGUCGGGGCACGAGAAGGGCAUCUGCCCGAGGCAUUGGCUUUGAUCAAUAUUCACAACUUCACCCCGGUUCCGUCUCUCGUGUUCUUGUGCGCUGUGACGAUCGUCAUGCUAUUCGUCACUGACCUGUAUGUGCUCAUAACUUACAUGAGCUUCGUGGAGAGCCUUUUUCGAGCUCUGUCCAUCGGUGCUCUGCUGUAUUUGCGGUGGAAAAAGCCAGACUUGUAUCGGCCGAUAAAGGCGAGGAACUCGAUGAGGUUUUGCCCGGAAUAUACUGUGCACUUGGUGUUCCCGAUCGUGUUCUUUAUCGUUUGCGUGAUGCUGACCAUCAUGCCGAUAUAUUCGAGCCCCUGGGAAGUGGGUGUCGGCGUAGCCAUCAUGCUCACAGGGCUCCCAGUGUAUUUCAUCUUCAUUUACCUCCCGAGGGCCGGCUACAGGGACUACGAGCUUAAGAAUAAACUGACAAGUCAGAUGUCAAUUUUUUGCUCCAAGUUCUUCGUGUGCUCCAGGCCGGAUGACCAAGCAUCAUUCUUCUACGAUUGA